UUAACAUUUAUUUAAACAAUACUCUUAUAACUUCUUUAUUGUGUAGACUAACAACUCUUAUUGUUGAUUCUGGUGUCUGCGAGAAAUGGACUUUUUUUGGAGUCUUUUUGCGGAAAAUGCCGAAAAAGAUUCUAGUAAAAGUCGCGAUCAGCCUGACAAAAACAAAAAGGAAUUCAAGACAAUCGGCACUCAGACUUCGUGCACGGAAGCAAAACAAGAAGAAAAAUCCAACGAAAACGAAAUAAAAGACGUUAAACAAUUAAAUAGUAAGAGGAAGAUUACGUUGGAGAUUGAGGAUUGCGGUUGUCCAAAGAAGAGAAGAAAGACGGCGAAUUCUGAUAAACAGGAGAGCGAGACAAAAAGCAAACCCAAAAUUUGUAAAACAACAAACAAAAAGGAGGGAACGAGCAGAAAAAAUUUGCAAAAAACACCAAUGAAAAAGAAAACAGCUUCAAAAGAAAUGAAAGAAUGUGAAGAAUUGGAGGAAGAGAGAGAAACUGGCGAUUGCCUAACAAUUCUUCCUCUUAAGAAAACCUCAACCAGCGAGGAAUACACAAUUACUAUUCCGAAAAGUGAAUGUUACGAUAAAGAGACGAGGGUUAUAUUAAAGCAAUGCGAUUCCGAACGCGAAAAGAAAUCACGUACUAAAAGUAGAAGAAAUAAUUCGAAAGAAAAAAAGAGAAAUUAUGAAAAUAAAACGUUACUAUAAAAUAUUUUCGUACCUGAAAUAAAAUCUGGAAUUUUAUUA